CAUAGAAUUAGUUGUAAAUUGAAAAUAAACUGAAAUAUUUUUCGAAAACUUACGCACCAAUUAAAUCCGAAACGAAAUGCCAUUUAUUUGGGAUGAUAAUGAAUACCAAUUUAUUGAUGAUGAAGAUGAAUACGAUAAACAUCGAUUUGUAAUCGUUAGGAAGUUAUUCAUUUCCUUAAAAAAUGAAGAUUCGCAGGAAAAUCAUCAAUUUAAUGAGGCGCUGAUUGAGAGGUGCUUUCGAAAAUUUGGCGAAAUUGAAUCGAUUGAAAUAUUGGCCAGUGAAAAUCGCGAAGCAUAUAUUACAUUUGUAAGUGAUCGGUGUGCAUAUUUGGCAGUGGCACAUAAUUCAUGUCAAAGUGGUCGGCUCAGAAAACAAUUUAAAAUACAGCCAGCAGAUACUUGGACACAACCAAAACAAGAAAGCGAUAAUAUUGAUGACUCAAUCGAGGAUUUGGAAGAAUGUGAUGUAGCAUUCUUCACAUUGAACGAAGAUUGUAUAUUGGAGAUUUUUAAGCACUUAGAUUUUGAAUCGUUAAUAAAUGUAUCGGAGGUGUGCAAAUUAUUCAACCGCUUACUACAUCAACAUAUAUUUCCACACUUUACCUCAUUUGCAAUUGAAAAUAGCACAAAAGAUAUACAAAUGCCUUUGGCCAAAGUACGCCGAUCACUGAUAUGUAUUGGCCCCUACAUCACUGAAUUAAAGUUCAGAUGGCACGAUUAUGAUCACAAUAAUCGAUUACAGCGUUUUUUAGAAAAAUUGGGUCAAUAUGUUGGAAAAAAUAUUCGGCGAAUAAGAUUUUGGGAUGUUCUUCUGUAUGAAGAGCAUAUUCCAGCAAUUAAGUCAAUUUUUAGUAUUGUGGACACACUAGAAAUAACUGUUUACAAUCCAGCCUAUGAUUUAGAUUUAGAUUUUCAGGAAUUGUGUCCAAAUUUGAGAAAGUUAAAGUUAUUGGAAAAUAUGCAAUUGAUCCGAUGCUGUAAACCAUGGCCAAAAUUGGAAUACCUAUCAAACGUGGGAAAUGAAUAUAUGGUACUAAAUACUUUUCGUUCAUUCUUGGCACAAAAUCCGCAAUUAAGAUGUUUGAAAUUCACAGCAUAUCAUGCUGAUGAACGUUUGCAAGCUGUUGCACAGCUUAUUCCAGGCGUACAGAAGCUAACAAUUCUACCAUCAUUUCCCAAUCUAACUGCUUCGAAUAUUGUUUACCUAAGUAGUCUUGAACAUUUGACAAAACUUAAUCUAAUGUACUUGGAUGAGGCUGAUUUAAAUGGUAUUCUUCAAUGUUUAAUACGGUUUAAGAGCCUACGCGUGUUGAAACUUCAUUUGUUAUACGAUGGUGGCGAAGAAGAUUUACACUAUGAACCAAAUCAACAAAACCUUAUUGCUAUUGCACAAGAGCUACCAAAUUUGGAAAUGUUUUGCACCCGAUACAUAAAAUGGAAAGAGUCAACAGUGAAAGACUUUCUAAAGUUUACCAGUCGAUUAAAAGCCUUGCACAUACAUUGGUCCGAUUUAAAAAUCACCAACUCAAUGAUUUGGGAAAUUUUCAAGGUUUUGCAAGCAAACCGCCAACCUCUUAAUGGAAUAAUACCACUGGAACUUUUCGUGAAUGCAACUGAUAUCACUGGAAUUCAAACAAUCAGAGAUCAUGACAUACUACGGUUUUUAAAUCUUAACACAAAAUGCAGCCACAUUGGAAAUUCUGCUGAAUCGAUAUUUUAAAAAACAAUUAAAACAUAUAAUAGGACUAUUUGAUAACAAUUUGCUUUUU